UGCCUUGUCUCUGCAUAGAUGACGUUUUAUGCAAGCGUCAAGUUUUUACCCAAUAAUUGUUUUGAUUUAGUGUUUUGAUGCGCACCUUGGUCGAGAUAAACCAAAUUCCUAUGCAAAUUAAGAUGAUAGAUUCCAUUAUUUACGCGGAAUAAUCCCAAGAACAUUCCAGAGCCGUAAAAAUAGGCGCAGCAGCCGAAAAGCCCCCCCAAAGCAAGUUCCACGAAGGUAGCAUGGCGGAUGGGCAUAGUAGUGAGGAUUCUGAUGCGGAAAAUCAAACGGAAUUCGCAGGCAUUUUAAGCAAAUGGACCAACUACAUCCACGGCUGGCAGGAUCGUUAUAUUGUGUUGAAAAGUGGCACUUUAUCCUACUAUAGAAGCGAGCACGAACGAGGUUAUGGCUGCAGGGGAGCGCUGUCGCUCACCAAGGCUGUGAUAAAGCCUCACGAGUUCGACGAGUGUCGAUUUGAUGUGGCUGUGAACGACUGCGUUUGGUAUCUGCGGGCUGAUUCUGUUGAAAUUAAGCAGGGCUGGCUGGAGGCUUUGGAAUCUUGCAGGGUUGAAUCUGGAUAUGCGACCGGAUCAGAAACCAGCCUGAAAAGACACGAUUCGUCAGUGAGCUUGCAGUCGAACAACCACAGCACCGCGUCUGGAAGCAGUUUCAAGAAAGGCUCGAGAACUUUGAGGGAAAAACUCGCCGAAAUUGACACCUACAGAGACAUUCUUAGCCAGCAGAUCGACACAUUGCAGAAGUACUUUGAUUCGUGCGUCGAGCUGGACUUGGGAAAGGAAUCUCAAAGUAAAGGUAAGACUCUUCAACCCGAAUUACCAAAUGAAAGCAUUCCAGUUUGUUUUCAUACAGAGAGCCCGCCGGCGGUUGACUUCAAAGGAGAGUCGAUCACAUUCAAAACAACCACUGCGGCAGUAAUCGAUACUUUAUCGCAUUGUUCUGAGCUGGUGGUGCAACGAGAAGAGUCCUGGAGAAAGCGGCUCGACAGAGAGAAGGAGCGCAGGAAGCACUGCGAAGUGCUGGCUCAGAAGUACUUCGAGCAGCUGCAGAAGUCCAGAACGGUGCAUCCUGGCCCGGAUCUAGAGGAAGGACCUCAUAGUGUCCUCGCGGACGAUGAGUUCUACGACGCAGUGGAAUCGGGCCUAGACAAAAUGGAAGAAGAACAAGAAUUGCGAGAAAAAUUGAAAACCGGUCAAAUCCCAAUCACACCACCCCCAACAUCUCCAGCUAUUCAGCACAGAUUGUGGCCGGAGGUGGAUCGCUUGGUGAAGCAACAAGUGGCCAUGGCUAGAAUGGGCAUCGGCGAAUGCGGCACCGGCUGGCAACUGUUUGCAGAAGACGGCGAAAUGAAAAUGUACCGGCGGGAGGAAGAAGUCGAUGGCAUGGUGGUGGAUCCGUUGAAAGCCGUACAUGUGGUCAAGGGCAUUACGGGGCACGAAGUGUGCGAUUAUUUUUUUAACCCCAAGUAUCGCUACGACUGGGAAACGACCCUGGAACACAUGACCGUACUGGAAACAAUAUCAGACGAUACGCUCGUUUUCCUGCAAACCCACAAGAGAAUCUGGCCAGCCAGUCAAAGAGACGUGGUUUUUUGGUCGCACAUGAGGAAAUUGCCCAACGAUCAGGACCGCGACGGUCCUGAUAUAUGGACUGUUGUGAACAAUUCCACAGAAAGCCCUGAACACCCGGCCAAUGUGGGAAAGUGCGUCCGGAUAUACUUAACGGUAUGUCUUCUGUGUCAGACCAGAGUGCAUCCGCCCAAGGAUGGGGCCCCGAUUACCCGAAACAAUGUGUCCUGUAAAAUCACCUAUUGUUCAGUGGUGAACCCGGGCGGUUGGGCACCAGCAUCAGUGCUGAGGGCGGUGUACAAGCGAGAGUACCCAAAAUUCUUAAAGCGCUUCACCUCAUACGUGAUCAAUCAAACAAAGAACAAACCGCUGAUGUUUUAACUCCUAAGAGCUGAACCAUAUUUUGUUUUAUCUUUAUUAUUUAUACAUUUACUAUUAAAUGUUAUUUUAUGUUA